GGAAGCCAACAGCUUCAAACACGGACAGCUUGAAUUUAUUUCGUUACCAACUUCUACUUUCAAUCUACCACUCUCCUCCUCGUUCAUUGUCAUAGUGGCCUUCUCCUCAGUAUGGCGACCGAUCUACAAUCUAUUGCGGCUCUCUUGGAUGCCAGUUUGGAUCCAAAGCAGAACAAGCAAGCGGAGCUGGCAAUCAGACAAAAUGAAGCUGCCCCGGGUUUCUCACUUGCGCUUCUCCAUAUCGUGGCUUCAAACUCGUUUCCAUUGAACACCCGACUAGCGAGCUCUCUCUACUUCAAGAAUUUCAUAAGGCGCAACUGGAGAACUCUGGAAGGCGAGUACAAACUGCCACAGUCGGAAGUGGAGAGCAUCAAACAUGAGAUCAUCGGGUUGAUGAUCUCAUCGCCGCCCUCGAUACAAUCGCAACUUGGGGAAGCCGUCAGCGUGAUCGCGGAAAGUGAUUUCCCGGAGCAAUGGGACUCUCUCAUAGAUGACCUCGCAUCUCGACUCACCGCCGAUAAUCCGACCGUGAACAAUGGAGUCCUUCGCGUGGCGCAUUCAAUAUGCGAAAGAUGGCGUCCUCUGACCCAAAGCGACGAGCUGUAUCUGGAGAUUCUCCAUGUUAUCAGCAAGUUCGGCAACGCAUUCCUGACGCUCCUUCAAAGCACCGACCAGGCAAUCACAAGCAAUGCAUCCAAUAAAGAGCCGCUCGAGCAAUGGGUGACGACGCUCUACUUGCUGAUGCAGCUUUUCUACGACCUGACCUGUCAUGACUUGGCCCCGGUAUUUGAGGACAAUUUCAAGGGACUCCAGGGGCUGUUCAACAAAUACCUUUUAUAUUCUAAUCCUCUUCUGGAGACGGACGAUGACUCGGAGGCCGGGGUGCUCGAGAAUACCAAGUCUGCCAUUUUUGAAAUUCUGAGCCUCUUUGGCCUCAAAUAUUCGGACGUAUUCGACGACGUUACUCGCGAUUUCAUCCAGAGCUCGUGGACCCUCCUGACUGGAAUUGGCAUGGAAACGAAGUACGACGUCUUGGUCAGCAAAGCCCUUCACUUCCUGACCACCGUUUGCAUGAAAGAGAAGCAUGCUGCCGAGUCCUUCAGUGAUGAGAAUGUCCUUACCCAGGUCGUGGAAAAGAUCAUUGUUUCGAACCUCACCCUCCGAGAAUCCGAUAUUGAACAAUUUGAAGACGAGCCGAUCGAGUACAUCCGAAGAGAUCUGGAAGGUUCUGACGCCGAGACUCGACGAGGUGCUGCAACGGACUUCCUCCGGGGACUCAUGUCUCAUCUGGAGAAGCCGGCCACGGCAAUUGCCUUGAAGCUCAUAGAAGAGCACCUUGGACUUUUCGCACAGGACAAGGUGAAGAACUGGAAGUCGAAGGAUCUUGCCGGCUACCUGUUCACCGCAGUCGGUGCCAAAGGCAAGGCCACCGCGACUGCGGGUGUCGUGACGACGAACCCACACCUAAACAUCAGCAACUUCCUGACCACCAACAUCCUCCCCGACCUGACGAGCACGAAUAUCCACCCGAUCUUGCAGGUUGACGCGAUCAAGUUUGUCUAUGUGUUCCGAUCCCAGUUGACUCAAGAAAAUUGGGGAACCGCAUUCCCACUGCUUGUCCAACAUCUCCAAUCAUCGAACUACUGCAUCUACACAUCGGCAUCAAUUGCACUGGAGAGAGCGUUGGCCCUCCAAGUCAAUGGACAACCGCUCAUAUCAAAGGACGCUGUGAUCAACCUAUCGAAGGAUCUUCUGGAACAUUUGCUGAACCUGAUCCAACAAGAUCCUGCUCCGGAGAAGAUUCAAGAGAACGAGUUCCUCAUGAAAUGCGUCAUGCGAGUGUUGAUCGUGGUGCAAGACGGGAUUACACCACUUGUGGAUUAUCUUCUAUCCAGCUGGGUAAAAAUCACCAUGGCAAUUAUGAAGAAUCCCAGCAAUCCACGAUUCUACUACUACCACUUUGAAGCGGCAGGGGCCCUCAUCCGUUUUGUCGCUCCGUCUCAGUCCGCCAAAUUCGAGGAUACCCUCUCACAGCCCUUCGUGAUGGUAUUGCAGGAAGACGUAGUGGAAUUCAUGCCAUACGUCUUCCAGCUCCUUGCCGCAUUGCUCGAAGCGAACCCCUCUGGUUCCCUUUCCGAACUUCACAAAUCUCUCAUCCAACCCAUCCUCUUGCCGAAUCUGUGGGAAACGAAAGGCAACGUUCCCGCUCUGGUUCGCUUGCUCGCCGCGAUCCUCGUUCGCGGUGCUAACAUUAUUGUGGCAAACAAUCAGGUUGAAGCAGUCCUUGGAAUAUUCCAGAAGCUCAUCUCCACGAAAACUCACGAGAACUCCGGCUUCGAUCUCCUUCAAUCCGUCUUCCUCUCGGUGCCGGCCGAACACCUGCAAAAAUAUUUCGUCCCGAUGGUCCAAUUGAUACUCACCCGGCUGUCGAACCAAGCCAACGACAAGCUGAAAUCCGACAAUCUCCCCAUCCGGUUCACCAAGUUCUACCAUUUUUUCUCCGCGCGACCGGAGAAGGGUCUUGGAACCGAUGUCUUCAUCAAAAUCACCGACGACAUCCAACACGACGUCUUCAAGCAGUUGUAUACCACCUUCAUCCUCCCCUCCACCCAAAAGCUCACGCGCCCCCUCGACCGCAAAACCGCCGUCGUUUCCCUCACCAAAACCCUCGCCACCUCCCAAGCCUUCGCCACACGCUUCCCCAAAGGCUGGGCCCAUACCGCCAAAGCGCUCCUCGACCAACUCUACAACCCGCCGGUGAUCAAGCACGACGAGUUCGUCGACGCCGGCGACGUCGAGGACUUGGCGUUCGGUGUCGGCUUCACGGCGCUCGGCACGUGCCGAAAGGCGGUGGAUGAUCCGUUUGCGGAGAUCGCGGAGGUGAAGACAUGGGUGGGGCAGUAUUUGAUCCAGGCGAAUGCGGAGAGUGGGGGGAAGGUUGUUGGGUUUGUGAAUGAGCGGUUGGAUGGGCAGGCGCAGGCGGCGAUGCAGGCUUACUUGUCGGGUUGAGAGCGUUCGCAGUGGGCUGGGAGCCGGCAUGGCGACCGGGAGGCUUGGUCAACAGUUGAACGCAAAGAUAUACCAUAGGCUUCAUUUCGUUAUUCCCGAUUCCCCCGAAAACGUUGGAAGCCGAUAGCACCACCGGAUGGACUCAUAGAUGCUUUAUAUCAAUCAGCAUGAAUAGCGAAGAGUGGCUACCAUGAAUGCAUUGAAGUUUA